CUCUUUCUGACAGAUGUAGGACAGGUUAUCUUUGUGUAUGGGGCUGACUAUGGACGCCGUGACCGCACAACCUGCUCUUUCGGACGGCCUACCUCUCAGAUCCUAACAGCUAACUGCUCACGCCCUACUACCAUAGUUGCUGACAGCUGCAAUGGGAAAAACAGGUGCAGUAUCAAUGUGAGCAACUCAGUGUUUGGAGACCCCUGCUGUGGCACUUACAAGUACCUGGAGGUGGCGUACAUAUGCGAAUAUCCUGGGGUCAUUCCAUAUCAGCCUCCAGUGCAUUAAUCAUUAACAUACUGGAAAUUCACUCAUAUCACAAUAAACAUGCAUUUGAUUUAA